AUGGCUUUUGGUGUAGUAAAAAGCGUAACAGCGAUUGCCAUUAGCAUUUCAACCGCUGACAUCGAAUUCGCGAAGAAAAUCGGGGAAAUGCUAGAUCAACUCUCUUACAUUGAUGAUUGCGAUACACUUGGUCAGAGAUCAAACAAAGUGGAUAUACAUAAGGCCCUCGUGUUGGUGUACCAGAAACUCCUUGAAUUCUACAACGCCGCAUUUGAGAUACUAUCCAGAAAGGGGGUGAAGCUGGUCAUGAAGCUGAUUGUGGAGAACGACCGUCUACCAAACAUCAUUCAAGACUUCCUGAGACAUGCAGACAAUCUUCGGAGACUUGUGCAGAACGCCACUUGGGAGAUCGUUGAGGAUAUCAAAGCUAUGCUCUACGACCAUGAAAUUGCAAGGUGGUUAGGUAGUGAGAAGACGAACCGGCAGAGCCAAUACCACGCUUCGUUGCAGGAUAUUCGAGCCGAUGAGGCCUGCUACUUUCUGCUGACAGACACCAGAUUCGAGAAUUGGUAUCAGGGCAGCCAGUAUAAGCAGCUAACGAAUUACGCCGACGAAACGAGCAUCAAUUGCCCCAGCCCAAGAUAUGCUACCACUAUUGUCAAAACGACCAAACUGGCCAAGCUAUUAACAUACUUUCUGCUUUGA